CCUCUCGCUCAGCUACUGCUGGACUGGAAAACACGAGGAACACAUUGCUGGUGGCCCCAACCACGCGUCCUCGCUCCACCCUCAUUUCUCUCUCUCUCUAUCUCUCGAGAAAUUAUAGGAUGUAUGCAUGGAUGGGGAUAUAAAUAGCACCCACCACCCUCACUGAGAGUCAGACAGACGGAGAGACAGCUCCCAGGAAAAAGAGAUGAUGGCUCGCCGCUUCCAUUCUCUCUUACUCCUCCUCGCCCUUCUCCCCUUGCUGGCCUCCGCUGAGGAUGAUGAGUGCGUGUACACGGUGUACGUGCGGACGGGGACGCCGAUCAAGGGCGGUACCGAUGCCACGAUCGGGGUGUCCCUGGGCGACGCGUCGGGGCUCGACUUCCAGGUGAAGGACCUGGUGUCCUGGGGGGGGCUGAUGGGCCCCGACCACGACUACUUCGAACGGGGGAACCUGGACAUCUUCAGCGGGAGGGGGCCCUGCGGGCUGAGCACGCCGCUCUGCCGCCUCAACGUGACCUCCGACGGGAGCGGGAAGCACCCUGGCUGGUACCUCGACUACGUCGAGGUGACGUUCACCGGGCCGCACCUAAACUGCUCCCAGACCCUCUUCAACGUCUAUCGGUGGCUCGCCACCGACGCCUGGCCCUUCCAGCUCACCGCCACCAUCAACGUUUGCGACCAGGCCCGCGCUCCAAGGAACCCCAACCUCGUCCUAGGAAACCGCCUGGACACUGACAUCUGAUCUCAUCGCCUUGAGGUGGUGGUGAUGGUGAUGGUGAUGUGAUGGGUGUUUGCCCUUUUCCCAGAUCCAGAGGUUUUGGUGUAUUCCGUGUGAGAUGUUUCGGCUUAAUGAUAAUCAUCAUGUCCGAUGAUAAAUAAACAGCGCUGCUAGUCUUUCCGAUGAUAAAUAAACAGCGCUGCUAGUCCUUCUAUGGCUGCUAUUUCAUACUUCUGUGCUGUGAUCUAUCUAUUUAUUUUAGAUCCAACAUAUUUCCUUUUU